CUUGUGUUUUCCUUAUGGAAAGGUUUAAGUAAAGGCUUUCUUAACUAUUAUAAUUGAUGUAAUGUAGCAUAAUUGUAUUAACCAUUCAUCUUUAUUUAAAUAUCAUUCAGCAAAUUCUUGAGUUCAUCGUGAAAGCCACUGUGUUGAAAGGGACUCAGAGAAUAUCAGCACUGGCUACUCUUUCAACACAAGACGCUGAACAUGGGCAAUAUUUACAAUGCAACCCACUCUACAUUGAGCAACCAGUCCAUGCCUUUGGCCCUGGUUCUGCUGGGGAAGUCUGGUGCUGGGAAGAGUGCCAGUGGAAACACCAUCCUGGGAGAGACAUUUUUCCGAUCAGAGGCCAGCUCCAGAGCCAUCACCACAGAGUGCAAGAAAAGUGAAGAAAAGAAUUUUCACGGGAGAAAUGUGAUAGUCAUCGACACCCCAGAUGUAUUUUUUUUAAGUAGGCAAGUUAGGGAUUGCAGAGAGAUGUGUGAGGGGCAUGUGUGUGUGUACCUGCUGGUCCUCCAGAUUGGCCGCUUCACAGAGGGAGAGAGAGACAUCUUAAAAAGCCUAGAGAAGACACUUCAGACCAAUAUCAGAGACAGAGCCAUCAUCCUCUUUACAUAUGGAGAUAACCUGAUGUCAGAUCAGACUAUUGAUGAUUAUGUAAAUGAAGCCGGUGAAGACUUCCAGAAUCUCAUUAAGAAGUGUGGCAACAGAUAUCUGGUGAUCAAUAAUAAAGACACAGAUAAGAAGGAAGAGCAGGUGGAAAUGCUGGUGGAAGCACUCAUGAAAAAGAUAGACGAACUACCUGAGGUCAAAAAAGAGAGCGAAAAAUGUUGGGAAGACAAGAAAUGGUUAUUAGCGGCUGGCAUUGGCGUUGUUGUGAUAGUUAUAGUCCUCUCACUAACACUGGCAAAAUGGCCACAGCCAUAAUAAAAACUGCUAAUGUAUUUCUUUC